AUGCAGAGGAUGCAGAACAAACGCGCUGCGGCUGGCGACAGAAGCAAAAAUGAACGUAAGGCCGCAAGAAAAGACAGUCGGAAAGCAGCUCCGCGAAUUUUUCUUGAAUGCAGCCAAGAACGUUCUCAAAGAACCUUAGUAUGCCCUGAUUCUAGGAUGGGGUGUCUUGCCUCUGGUCUUAAGUUGCUGAAGGGUGCUGCUAUCGUGGCAAAAGCUGGAGUGGAUAUCGCAAACAAAAUAGGUAGUUCGUAA